AUAAAAGAUUAAUGUAAGAUUUAAAUAGUUUUGUUAAAACAAAUUCUUAUUUAACCUCACUGGUUGGUAUGGGUUGACAUUAUUAUUUUCAACAAAGAGGAUACACUUGUUUUUACAUUUAUAAAUUAAUUUACUCUUUGCAUUUUUGCUAAUCGUGUUGACAAACAAGAUGAAUUUAAAUUAUUUUGUAACGAAUUUCUCGUAUAGUCAUUUGUAUUUAUUUACCUGAAAGUAUUUACCCUGAACAAGAAACAAGCUUGGACAAGCUAUUCGGAAAGCUUAUACUACUUAAUAUGUUAGCAUUAUCAAAAGAAGGAUUCCAAGUCCCAGCACGCUCACACCACCCGUGGCAUAAAACUAUUAAGGAUGUUCACAGCAACAAUUUUAAAAUCGCACACAAUAGCGUCAAUAACCCACAGUAUCCCAAAAAAGAUCUAGCCCCAGAUAAUAAAAAUCGUACAAGGUUCACAAUAAUUGGCGACAGGGUUAAUAAGAACUUCAUCCAAUGUGUUAACUUAGUAAAAGAAUUGCAUAAGUACCGUCGAAAAAUAUUUGAUGCACCUAUAAUUAAAGGUUUAACGACGGUGGAAUGGCCGAAGGCUUGGAACGAUUUAAAGCUACAAUAUGGAGGGAUAGCGUAUUGUCUACAGAAUCCAGUUGCUGUGUUGAUAAACGAUAAAUUCCUUGGAGGAGAUGAGGAAUUGAAGGAAAUGAUAGAAUCGCGAUAUGAUUAUCAUUUUAAUUUAAAUUAUUUCCAAGAGGGUGUGGACAGUUUUGUAAAUUAUAUUAGAUCUUCUGGGCGACCGUGUGCCUACAUGCAUAUCUCAAUAAACUACGAACAUACAGGGACUUUAAUUUUUAUGUUAUACGCUGAUAUAGUUCCUUACACAUGUGAAAACUUUCUCCGUCUUUGUGAAUGUAAGAGAGGUGGUUACGCUGGCACUCCGGUACAUCGAAUCGUAAAAGAUGGCUGGAUACAGUGCGGAGGAUUUGGACUCAAGAGCACUGAUUUGAAUUGCGAAAAUUUUAUUGUUCCUCACGAUAGACGUGGUGUACUUUGUAUGGCCAAUGAAGCCAGAGAUGUAGAUUGUUCGACGCAGUUUUUUGUUCUACUACAACCAGCGCCCUGGAUGGCUAACAAAUACGUCGCCUUCGGACAGCUCAUCGAAGGAGAGUCCACACUGAAAGAUAUCGAAUCUGUGCCAACGUUUUACGAAUCUCCAACAUCUGCUAUCAAAAUAGAAAAAGCGGGCGUACUCAAUUUAGAAUGCCAUGGAAUAAGAGUCAGUAAGAGUACAAAUGAGUAUAUUCAGGGGCAUGUCGAAGAUCUUAACGCUUUGGGUGAUUUACUUGCAGAGCAACUUAUCGAAAAAGUAUUUCUUGAAUUGGAAUUUAAGCAUGUUAAGCAAUUAGAAAUGGAAAUGGGCGAAGCAGAAGAAAGUGAUGGACAUAAAGGAGAAGAAAGAGUACAUGCAACGGCAAGAUUUAUUCGCAGGAAGGAAGACUUGGAAAAUCUACAAAAAAAUCAAACCCAUACUAGCAGAACGUCGUCUGCUGUGAGCGAUGCUAAAGUCAAUAAUGAUUUCGAUGUGGAUGAAUAUGAACCAGAAGAAUAUUCUUAUCAUCAUGCAUCAGUAGCGGCAACCGUGAGCGUAGUCGUAAAACCGGAGAUACCGUAUUAUUUACCGCUAACUGACGUACCUUACCCUGAUGAAAAGGAUUCUACGUACGAUCUUAAAAAAUUUCUACGCGGCGACUACUGUCUCGAAAGCGAUUUGAAAAAUGUAAAGAUCAACAAAGUGAUCGGACCAAAUGUCUCCUACGUCUCUGCUAUCUACAAAUUAAAUGGCGAAUCAGAAAAUGAAUCGAUUAAAUCACUGUCAUCAGAUGAUGAGCAAGAAAUUCGUCGAUAUUUAAAACUGAACGUUGACCGUGUGAGCUUCGCUGGCAGUGUUGUGAAAAGUAUUGCAAGGGGCGGCGCCAGAAUGAACGUUUUCAAUGGCUCUAGAAAUUAUGACUUUAUCACCGACGAAGAGCUUCGAAGAUAUCGAUUAGCUUCAAUGGAUCGCCGCAGUCGCGACGAUAAGAAAGUAUCUAUAUGUUCUACAACGUCUAGAACAAAGGUACCUGGCAAGAUAAAGAGACGGCAGACAGGUUUUGUUCGGCCUGCAGAUUUAGAAAAAAUCUACUUAAUACGACAGAACAUCAUGGAAGAAGAAGAAUCGACCAGUUCCAUGACAGCGUCUCGCAAAGUUCGUAUUUCGAUCAAAAACACUCCACAAAUGCAUAAUCCGAAGCAGCGGAAAACAGUUGAUUCCGAUACACAAGUCCGCAGACAGUCGGCACUUUCACGACUUUACGAUGACAUGACAGAUUAUACGGAUAUGGCCGAAGAGGGACCAACUCUGAAAUCCCCUACGAUUAAAGUUUCAGAUAGAAAAUUCAUGCUAACACAAUCUCCAAUGAGUCGCAUAAGACAUAGUUCUAACGGUAACAAUUCUUCCGAAGAUUUAUCUAAAGAACAACAUUUACGCCACUCGGUUACAAUGAAAGAGACCUCUAUCGAAGAGGUCCUCAAUUUGCAACACAACAAAAAAUUUGCUCGCAAAGUCUCCUCAGACUAUGUGAAAACGAUCGAUGAAAUCGAACAUAAAGUCGAUAGCUCGAUUCGAACUAUCGAAUUCGCGCGCAGGCGGCCCUCGAUGUCCGUUGCAGCAUACCAACAGAAGAAUUUAAAAUAUCAGGCAGAAAUUAAGAAACAAGGCUUGUCAUCCGAUAGCAAUAUUGGUGGAUUACGCCUUCCCGGAGAUACGCCUCUAUACUCUAUGACAGAAGUGGAAAGUCACAAGAAUUUAGAUCAAUAAAAAUUUAUAAAACAUUUUAACAUUUUGUAGGUAUUUAAAAUGUAAUGAACUGUGUAUUAAGUAUUUAGUUUGAGAAAUUACAUUUUGCCAAACAUAACAGUAUUUUAUGUGCGAGGUAAUAAAAUAGCUAUAAAAAUCUUAAAACUAUAACUAAAGCCAUACACGAAGAGUACUGUUUACUAACAAACAAAUUAGAAAAUGAGGGUAGAAAACGCAUGUCAUAUUAUAACUUUUUUUUUUAAAUUAUGAAUUGUUGUUUUAUAAAAUAUUAUUCAAAAUAUAGUAACUUUAUCUAAUUGUUUUAAGCUUAUUAAUCAAAUUUAUUUUUAUUAAUUUUAGAACAAGUUAAUUAUAAUUAUUAUUAAGUGGGAAAUGACUAGUGAUUUAUACCCUCAUUUUUAAUUUGUUAGUUAGUAAACAGUACUCCUCCAGUAUGGAGUACUCCUUCUUUAGUAUAGAGUGAAUUACCCAGUAGCUAUACUAUACGUUAAAACAUGUUAUUUGAUACGUUGAUAGGGCGAAUAGGGGGCGAAUAGAAUGUCAAGUAAGCGAAUAACUCAAGAUUGAACCAAGAGUAAAAAAAAAAAUUCCAAAAAAAGAAUUCGAGCGUCGCGAGGAAUUCAAGUGCACAACACAAUGUUCUUCAUCUCACUACAUCGAGGAUAAUGUCAAGUAUAAAAAAUCUCAAUUUCGCAAUGCUUAUACCCUUUGUAAUAACUUUGUAGAUGUAAAAUUCAAAUAUUCACCACUCAUCUUUUAUAAUUGUUGCGUAAUUUAUCACAAAAAUACUAAGAUAUGAAAUUAUUAGAAACUAGCAGACUCGGUCAAGCUUCGCUUUGACUUAUGUGCACUUCUUCCCUAUCCCUACUCUACGCUACUCUACCCCUACUCUACGCCUACCCUACCCCUGCCCUGACUCUUAAACGUGUGUAUAUAAUAGAAAAGGGUUGUUUUUCUGGUUUUCCCGGCAAUUAUUCUAAAUUUCCUCACUUUUUAAACCUCAUAUACCUCACGAACGAACAUUUCAAGACCAAGAUAAGAUAAAUCAGUUCCCGAGUUUUAGCGAGACUAACGAACAGCAACUUUUUUUUAUAUAUAACACAAUGCAUUUAAUAUGCCUUGAAAUCUAUGGACUUAAUCUCAACACAGGUCUGCUGGCCUAUUCACUAUUUUGGUCUUUAUUAUCAACCUAUUAAAAUGAACAUCAAAUCGAUUGAUAAAAUUACAUCUACCUACUGUGUGAUAUCCACUAGUAAACACUGUAUGUCAUUUUUACAUAGAAUGUCAAUUUUGUAUGUCAACUACGGUUCAUGCGCUGUAGCUUGGUGCGGGUGAGUUGCCGUAUGACGUUCACAAUACAUACUAUUAUUGUGAAUCGCGGCAAACUUUCAAGAGUUAAAUGAACUCACUCGCAUCAUGCUACAGCGCACGAGCUAUAGCACACGUCAUAGUUAGUGA